UCUCUAUUGCGGUACUCACCUGUUUCCGUACUGACAGAACCAAACCGAUCGCGCUCUGCUCAGCUGCCACUUGAAUUUUCUUUAUUGUCUUCUUCGUGCAUGGUCAAGAAUUCAGCGCGCGGUCCAGAAAAAUGGAUUUUUACGGACUAGAUUAGAAUCUUGUUGUUCUGUGUGACUGUUUUUAGUUUCGAAUCGGACAUGUUUUAAUUGUUUUUUGAGUGACAGAAGUUUAUAGAUUUUUACACAUUUGUUUUGAAAUCAAACUGUGACAAUGUGUAGCAAAGUACAAAUUACUGAAUUGAUGGAUAAGUUUCAUUCGGGCUUUCCCAAGUGUUCGUUAAAACUUCCUGCGUGGGAUAACUUAACCAACGCCCUGCCUCGAUUACACAUACCAGCCAUGCCGGCCGUGCGCUCUAAGCGCGGCUGGUGCGGCUGUCUUCAGGACGAUGAACCACCCGAAAUAACAUACUGUGUGGUAGAAAAUACUGGAACACUUACCCUUCAGGCAAUAACUCCAACACAACCAAUGCCGUCACAGGAAGAAUUAGAUGUAAAAUUUGCAGAACUUGUGGAAGAAUUAGAUUUAACAGCACCAAAUAAGGCAGCAAUGAUGAGCCUACCGCCACAGAAAAAAUGGCAAAUAUAUUGCUCAAGAAAAGGAGAAGACACCGAGGACCAAACACACGCCCCUGAACAUUACGUUGAAAGACUGCGAACUUUAGCCACAUUAGAAUAUCCAGAAACAAAUACUGAAGAAGAAGUUAGAUCUAGGACGAAACAAAUAGAUGGACUGAAAACAGCGUUGCGGACUUGCACGCACAGUUUUGUGAUAAAAUUCAUCGAAUUAGAUGGGCUAAUAGCUCUUUUAGAUUGCUUGGAGAGAAUGGACUAUUUUACCGCUCAAAGUUCGAUACAUACAAGUUUCAUUGGUUGUGUCAAAGCUCUUAUGAAUAAUUCUACUGGUAGGGCACACGUGUUGGCACAUCCGACCAGUAUUAAUACAAUUGCUCAGUCAUUAAGUACAGAAAACAUCAAAACCAAAAUAGCAGCGUUGGAAAUUUUAGGAGCUGUCUGCUUGGUUUCAGGAGGGCAUAAAAAAGUCUUAGACGCCAUGCUACAUUACCAAAAAUUCUCCUUUGAAAGAACGAGGUUUCAGGGCAUUGUGAACGAUUUAGACCGAUCUACUGGAGUUUACAGAGAUGAGGUAAAUCUUAAAACUGCCAUCAUGUCUUUCGUUAAUGCCGUACUAAAUUACGGUCAAGGUCAAGAAAAUCUCGAAUUUAGGUUACACCUUAGAUAUGAGUUUCUAAUGUUAGGCAUACAACCCAUCAUAGACAAACUACGUGGCCAUGAAAACGAAACCUUAAAUCGACAUUUGGAUUUUUUCGAAAUCGUCAGAAAUGAAGACGAAAAAGAACUUGCGAGAAAAUUUGAACAAGAACAUAUUGAUACAAAGAGCUCUACUUCUAUGUUCGAACUUAUAAGAAAAAAAUUAUCCCACACAGCAGCAUAUCCCCACCUCUUGUCUCUUCUGGAACACUGUCUUCUUUUACCUCUAGACUACGGCUCCUAUCCCCAACAUUGGUUACUUUUUGAUAGGAUAGUCCAACAGAUUGUCUUACAGCAAAGCGGAGAAAUGAAUAUUGUUAAAAACCCUGAUGUAUGUCCAAUUGACAUCAACGUUAAAGAGAUUGUUCACUUGUUAGCCAAAGAAGAAGAAUUAGUGGCUGCCAGGAAGAAAGCGGAAGAAUUAGAGAAGGAAAACAUUGACAUGUCGAAUCGGUUAGCAAAAAAAGAACAAGAACUGGAUCAUAGAACGCAGGAAAAAGAAGAUUUAGAAACGGGUUUGGCCAGGUUUAAAGAAAGAUUGGAGAAGGAAACUAGUGCACAUAUCGACACAAGGCAAAGACUAAACGAGUUAGAAUACAAAGCAGCAGACUUAGACCGCCAAAUCAGUUGCGAACGGGGUGAACGUCACCGUCUCGAGCUCCUAGUGAAUUCUGGAUCAAUUCCAGAUGAUGCCAAAGCCAUUAGCCUGAACAAAUCUCUCGAUUCAUCGACGGAAUGCAAAAAUGAAUUCGUGAAUAUACCACCGCCACCACCUUUAGCACCUCCUCCACCACCUCCUGGUAUCCCUGGACCACCUCCACCACCGUGCGCGCCGAUAGCGCCGCCUACAGAGCCUUUGAAGAUAGAAAUUGUCAAGAAAAAUAUUCCGCAACCUACACAGCCUUUGAAAAGCUUUAAUUGGUCGAAAUUGCCUGAUGCUAAGUUGAACGGGACCAUUUGGAAUGAAUUGGAUGACAGUAAAUUGUACAACACAAUGGAGUUGGAUUCUAUUGAUAAACUGUUUUGUGCUUAUCAAAAGAACGGGGUUACGAACGAUGGUUCCAUAGAGGAUCUUCGACAUAUCGGCAAAAACCGUUCUAAAAUACUCUCAGUAAUCGACAGCAGACGUGCUCAAAACUGUACCAUAUUAUUAUCGAAAUUGAAAAUGUCUGAUGAAGAUAUAACUAAAGCUAUAUUAAGCAUGGACAGCAAAGAACAACUUCCCAUGGAUAUGAUCGAACAACUGUUGAAGUUUACUCCAAGUUCCGAGGAAGCAGCACUUUUAGAAGAACAUAGUGAUGAAAUAGAUUCGUUAGCUAGGGCUGAUCGGUUUUUGUAUGAAAUCUCCAAGGUACCUCACUAUGAACAACGUCUACGAAGUCUCCAUUACAAGAAACGUUUCCAAAUUACCCUAAACGAAAUUUUACCCCGAAUAACCAGUGUCAUGGAAGCUUCUCGCGAAGUAUCUCGUUCCAGAAGAUUACGAAAAAUCCUUGAAAUCGUUUUAGCUUUAGGAAACUAUAUGAACCGAGGUGCCAGGGGUAACGCCUCAGGAUUCCGACUGACUUCACUGAACAGACUAACUGAUACCAAAUCUAGUGCUUCCAAAGGCACGACGCUCCUUCAUUACUUGGUACAAGUUUUAGAUAAGAAGUUUAAAGAUGUUCUUCGACUUGACGAAGAUCUACCUCACGUUCGAGAAGCCGCAAAAGUAUCUUUAGGUGAACUUAACAAAGAUAUGGCGCAAUUGAGAGCCGGCUUGAAAGAUGUAGCAAGGGAAAUUGAAUUUCACAUAAGUCAGAGCCCUCUAGCCAAUGAUAAAUUUGUACCUGUCAUGCGAGAGUUUCAAGCUACUGCUACAUGCAGGCUGGCAGAAGUUGAAGACCAAUACCAAGAUAUGAAAAAUCGUUUUGAUCGAGCCGUUCGCCUUUUCGGAGAAGAUCCUACUAACACCCAACCUGAUGAAUUUUUCGGAAUUUUCGAUACCUUUAUAAAUGCUUUUACUGAAGCCCGACAAGACAAUGAAAAUAUGCGCAGAAGGCAGGAAGAAGAAGAGAAACGCGCCAAGCAAGAAGCCGAACUUAAAAAGCUUACUCUUGAAAGAAAACACAGCAGAGAAGGAAUCCUAACAUCAAUCAACAAAAGUCUUAGUUUAAAGAGGGGCGAGAAAAACGGAGACAAAGGUGAAUUCGACGAUUUGAUCUCAGCUCUGAGAACGGGUGACGUUUAUGGAGAAGACAUCGCGAAAUUCAAGAGAUCGAGAAAGAGUAGAGUAGGAACUGGCAGUUCUCCUCCACGUCGGAAUUCUUCGACAAGAGAAGAUAGCAGGGAGAGGGUAGUUGCGAAUGGACGAAGACAGUGAGAAUUUUUAGUUUGUACAAAAGAAACGUCUCAAUAAAUUCAUAGUUUAUUUUAUAAUAUUUGGUCUGUAAAUUGUUUUUAUUCGUUGUAAAUAUAAUUUUACUAAUAAGAAUGUUAUUUUUAUAUUUUUUAUGGAAUCUGAAAUUCUUCAGGUACGAUUGUUUUUUAAAAUUCAGAGAUUCUUAAUUUUCUUAGGUGAGAGAUUCUCAAUUUUCUUCGAGGCUUAAUGUUUCAAAUUAAUUUGACAACAUAAAUUGCUUAUUUACAGACAAUAUUCAAAGUAAAACAAUUUACUCUUUAUUUUGAAGAUAAAGACACCUGCAAAUUGUUUUUAAUCAUUGCUUUUUGGAUUUAUCAAGGGUAUUUUUGCAUUAUAGAAUCAGUUUUGUUUAUCUGGAAAUAGGGCUUUCCAUUUAGUAAGGACACAGUACAGUAAAAAAUUCUACUAUCUAGAAAAAACAACAGUUAUUUUUUAAUUAGUAAGUAAAAUCUGUAGAACUUUAAAACAGUUGCCAAUACAGAAAAAUAUGAUAUACCUAAAUUGGAAUAUAGGAACUAGUAUAUUGUGCAACGAGUGCAGAAAGUAAUCUAUUCUACACAGUAUUGUGUUUACACAUUUUAAUCUUAUAUUCAGUAGUCAAUAGAAGUUGUCAGCUAAUAUUUCAACAUUUUCCAAUGAAAAGUAAAAGGAAUUCAUGUUACUAUUACAUAAACUGAAACUGCGUAAUUAACAUGCGACAUUCUAGAGCCUAUAAUAAAGCUAUUGUAAAAAAUUCACAUUUAAUGCAGUAUACAUAUUUUUCGUCCUAAAUUUUAUUUAGUUAUUGAGAAAACGGAUAACUGUAUGACAAAAUGCCAUAAGGAAUAAUAGUGUAAGUAAUAUUUUCUAACUAGGUAUGCCUUAAAGAUAUACUGUAUUUUCUGAAUCACCCUCUUUACUGCUUUGUAAGUUAUUUGUCAGGUUAGACGAUUCAAUAAUCAACGCCUAUGUUCAACUUUUAAAAAUAUUGUUUAAAUUAGUUAUAUAGGUGAUCAGGAGCGGCUCGUGGCCAAAAUUUUGGGGGUUCCCAGUAGCAUAAUAUAGAUCUCGGUACAGAUGUAGGUAAAAAACUGUCAGUAUUUUAGAGAGUUAUAUUGUAAACUUUCUAAAACACUGAAAGUUUUUUCAUAUAUCUGUACUAUUCUGUCACUGUGAACUCCCAAAAUUUUUCUCACGAGCCGCCACUGUAGGUGAUUCCAGUGAAAUGGUAAAAAAUUAUGUUUGUAAAAUCUAAUAUAUUAAAUACAGAAAUUAUUUAUUGAUGCCAUCAUGCUCAAGGGAUGAUAUAUGUUUGAUUCCCACUUGCGGUUGAGAUCGUUAUUAGGUUUUAUGGGUUUUAUUCUAAGAAAUAAAAAAGGCAUGUCCAUAUUUUGUCUUAUGGCUCUAGCAUUUCUACCGAAUACUGUAGCGUGGAUUUUAUUUUCUCUUCUUUUUUACGUCUUUGGUAAUGCUGUCUUUGUUCUAUUUUGGCUUUUUCAGAUAGUUCAGGGUUUUCCUUUAUUUUUUUUCGCCUUUUUCGCUCACAGUCUUGUUUCUGUUUGCAACCUUUUUCUGUGGUUUGAUAAUUAGCCAUUUUGUUCUGUCAAAAUAAUAAAAUAACAGUUUUUUUAAACGCUAACAAUAAUUUUAGUCAUCCCAUGGAUACCUAUCAUCACUAUGGACAGUCAUGGUCCAUGGUAAUGAUGUCCAUGGUGAUAAUAAGAAAUAGUAUUUUAGCAAUUUUCAAGGUUGUCCCAAUAUUAUAUUCGUUAGAUAUAAUUACUAAAAAACUACUUGACGAAAGAUGCACGGUGUUGAUACAUUAAAAAAAUACGUAUCUCUUUUACCACGUUUAUCACUCAACUACUUCAAGCAAAUCAAAUAACAAAUGUACGCUUCAAUGCUGAUGGAAAACAGAUAUAAAGAAAACUUCGCCUAAUAUAAAAUUCCUCCGGUGGUGCUCCCUAACGGAUUUAAAAUGAAAAAUCGGACGGUCCACGGCGAUGACAUUAUUUCAUGUCAUGGUAACAAAGUAAAAAUGAGUAUUUCGUAAAUUAUGAUUUUAAUUUGAAAUGUUUGUAUGCAGGAAUUGUUUUACAUGUACUCUAUGAAAUGCUAAUAUUAUUUUAUCUCAGAUCGUAUUAUUUGUUUGCGUAUUUUUUCCCAAU